UGAGAGGAGACAGGUCAGCAGGUCAAUACGCACGAUGAUGAAGGAGUCACACAGGUGUCUGUACUGAGACAGGAAGGAGGCUGAUGCACUGAAGCUGGUGUCAGCGGAUACAAACGGGGCCAAGAACGGUUUAGCAGGUCACCAUAAGUCAAUCUGCCCGAUUGCUUCGAGGUAACAUUAUUUUUGACUUCUAUACCUCCAUAACCAUGUCAAACAUUGAGCUCAACUUGUGCUAUACUGCCGAGUCUGCACGGGGAAGACCCCAAAGAGGAAACUGGGGCAGAUACAAGUGGUUUCAGAAUAGGACGCAUCCUUUAGAGCAGAGGGGCUUCAUGGAGGGUAACGAUCAAUACGACCACAGAGAGAGACAGCCCGGACACCAGCCGCCUCCACGCCAAAAUGGCAAUUUUCUACACAACCCAAGUUCACCGCGUCCCAGGGGCGCAGCCAGCACUUCACACUGCAGCCACAAGGCUUCCACCUCCGCACCUCACCCUCCUCCCUGGACCGGGAACAACAGAGGCGGCCGUGGAAAGCCCAAGGAGCCGGGGAACAGAAAACCAACAAAUACGGCCAAUCGGCCCUCACCGUCAUGCAGCCAUAAACCCGCCGCCACUUCGCAAACUUCAUCGGGAAUCCCCACGAAGUACCUCGCUCUGGACUGUGAGAUGGUGGGCACGGGGCCAAAGGGCAGCAUCAGCCAGCUGGCACGCUGCAGUCUGGUGUCCUACGAAGGAGACGUGGUUUACGACAAAUUCAUCAACCCCUCCAUGCCCGUCACCGACUACCGGACCCGGUGGAGCGGCAUCCGAAGAAGUGACCUCGUCAACGCCACGCCGUACUCUGAGGCCAGGAGGGAGAUACUGCGGCUGCUGAUGGGGAAGGUGGUGAUUGGUCACGCCGUCCACAACGACUUCAAGGUCCUCGGGUACUCUCACCCCGCCGCUUUGACCAGAGACACGUCUCGGAUCCCUCUGCUCAACCUGAAGGCCGGCUUCGCUGUGACCGAGUGCGCCUCGCUGAAGAGACUCACCAAGGCCAUCUUCAACCGGGACAUCCAGACCGGGAGGAAGGGCCACUCUUCUGUGGAGGACGCCAGAGCCACCAUGGAGCUUUACAAAGUGGUGGAGGAGGAGUGGGAGAGGAAACUGGCCUCCAAGUUGUAGGCCUGCUAGUGCCGGGCUCCGAAAGAGACUACGAGGAAAUAAAACUGGGUUUUAAUUGACGUUUUAGUGUGGCAGGUUCUGUGGUUCAGAGCAGCUGAUCUACUCCUCCUGCUGUCCCGUUGAGGAGAGGAUGAAGACGCCAAGAAGACUUAAUGGUGGGAGGAGGAUAAAACAACUGUCGGGCCGGACGCGUAGCUCUGACCUUCAGUUCCAGCAGUUCUUUCUCAGGGUUUGCAUUGUGUUUAAAGGUGCUCCUGCCACUAGGGGGCAGUCAUGUCUUCAUCACAGCAACACAACUACAUCAUGAACACCAAAAACAAAACAAAACAAAAAUGGGUUUUAGUGAAAUCAGCUGUUCAUUUAAAGUUCACUAAAAGAGCUCACUUGUCAGUUUAGAUGUUUUAUAGUUUUAAUCAUCCAAAAUGCUGCUUUGAUCAACAGAUGACGUUCUUCAGGGAGGUAACCAGGAUUUUAAAAAAUAAAUACUGAGGUCAUCUGUUCUAUAUUUGGCUUUUAUGGCUAAGAAAUGUUUUUACUAUUUUAUCCUUUCCGGACACAUGUUUAAAAAUGUACUAAAUGGUUUUUUCUAUGUAAAAAAGCGAGACAAACCACGAAUAGAUUUCUAAAAAGAAAGUACUGUAACGCAAAUAACAUGCAAAACCUGAUUAGAUAAAACCAUAAGGCCCAUGGGAUCUUGUAUAUUUGAGCCUAUAUUUCAAAAUAAAGUAUGUAGUCCCUGAUUAUUAUCCUGCAAAAAUAUUUAAAAACCUGAUUUCCUCAAUAAUUUAAAGUUCUAGAUGGUUAGAAGUCAAACCCCUCCCAUAAUAGAGGACAUGACCUCUGUGGCUGCUGCGUCCCUGAUGUUCCUCAUCACCGUCUUCACGAGACUUUUACUUGACUCAGCCAGCAUCCAGUUGUUUGACCGUUUCUGUCAGUUGAUGUUAAUCUUCUGUUUUGUAACAUGAAAAUGGAGUUUGUGCAGUUUCCUAUGCAACGACGGACGCGUUCGGUCGUCUGCUGUAGAUUCAGCUCGGUGCUAAACUCCAAUAAAUCAUUACCACACCA